GCUCAGCGGCACUCAGCUUCCUUCACUUGGAGAACAUGACAGCCGGAUAACAAACAUUUGACUACAAGGCUGGCACGAAGCAGCUUGGCGAAAGACGUGAUUGCGCAGGGCAAAGGCACGCGACGGCCCACCUCCAUCGCGACAGGUCAGACGCAAUCAUGUCACCGACGGGGAGCGGCUCGGCGAUGGACGAUGAUCCCACAGAGCCCAAAGCUCGCAAGGCUUGCAUCAACUGCAGGCGGCAAAAGAUGAAGUGUCGGCUCGACAAUGGCACAACAUGUCGUCGAUGCCAGCGAGCCGGGCUGCCUUGCAUUUUUGUGCCUCGCGCCAAUGCCUCAGCCUUCAUGGUGCCGGCGUCGCUGCCCUUGGCCGAGCUGACCGGCUCUUCCGAAGUGACCAAGGACUUGCUACGGCGGGUGCAGGCCAUCGAGGACCACCUAGGCUUGCCCGUGACGGAGAUUGGGCAACGCAUUUCUCACGAGGUUGCAAGCGAUAAGUCACAUAGCAACGACCAGGACGUAGCAUUUGCGAGCCUGUGGGAGGCCGUGGCGUGUUUGGAGCGUUGCACGCCCGGCCCACGGGAUGCGGCGCUCUGGUCGAGGAGCAGGGUCAAGUACCUCUGGCAAACGUUCCACGACAGGAUGCCGGGCCUCCAUUUCCUUCCCAACAAGCAGACCUUCUCUACCCCGCAGCCGCUCCUCCUGGCGGCCAUGCUGUACUGUUCAAGUGUCCGGGGCUCGCCAGAAGAUGCAGCAUUUGCUUCACAAUAUUUGACUGUCUUGUGCUGCGCGAUCGCGCAACUGAGCAUCCCGGGGAGCGAGAUCGGAAGCCCACUAUCCGAAGAUGAUGAGCCCGCAGCUCUGGAAGACUGGGCAUUUCAGACCGUCUUGGGCAUUGUUCUGGCGGGACUCUUGAACGAGGCAAACGUUCGUGAGACGGGCAUAUGGAUCUCAAUCGCAUACCGCCUGAUUCUCGAGCAUUGUCCGCCGCACAUGGACGAGCGAUGCCGAGACUGGCAACGAAUCUUCAACGGGGUGCAAAUCGUCGACCUCGAACACGCGUCGCUACAUCUGUCGUGCCCUAUCAUACCGAUAGAGUCGCCGCUCCCGGCCCUGCAAACAUCGCACCGGGAUCAACUAUAUCGGUUAUCACGAAUGAUGAAUACUGGGUUGACGCAUUUUUCCGGUCGGGGUCUGCCCACCAUCUGGUCCUGCUUCUCGAACAACCCCGUUGAUACCGGGCAGGCCCCGUCCUAUCCCUUCACGCCAGUGGACGCGGCCGUCAUCCGGGACUGGGCGCGACAUCUCGACGAUUGGCUCGUGGAGUUUACAAAGACGGGAGACGACUCGGACUCCCAACAGCGAAUGCUAGUCUUCCGCCAAUAUGUGUUGCACCGCCUGCUUGUGCUCUCCAUCUAUCAUCCCUCCCGUGGGUGCAACCUGCAGUCCAACAGCAUCACCCUGAACGAGCAACAUGAGCUACUUCUGUCCGCUAGGGCCACUCUUAAGCUUCACCUACACGAUAAGUCGAUUUGGUCAAACUGGGAUCUCGUCAUGAUAACGUGGGCCGCCUUGAUUGUCAUCCAGGGCAUUGAGGUUGGUGUUGGCGAACCAGACGACCUCGCAAGCAUUCGAAUGCAUUUGGACAUGUUGCGGGAGACGAACGAACCAAAACCUAGUUUACGCGAUAAGCUUGCGUCCCGACUGGAGCAGAGUCUACAGACGGUCAACACUCCAAGCCCCACAACCAUGAACCACAUGGCCCAGGCAACGGCCGAGGCGGAGUUCGAUUGCUCCUGGCAAAUCUUUGAUCAUGCCAUCAUGGAGCAGGUCAUGGACCCGUUUUGGGCCCGGCCAGCGGAGCUCCACCCCAUGUAG